CCUUUUUACGAGCGUUGACCCACAUGUUUUGGGACACCCUGUAUAAUUCAUAUACUUUUGAUUUUUCUUAAAUGUUAGAAUUAAAUAUAGAUUUUCAAGUAAUAUUCAACAAAAAAACAUUUUCCUAAUUAAACAUUGUUGCAACGAGAUGGAAAAGAGAGAGAUAGAAAGAGAAAGAAGGAAGUAUUUUCAUGAACAUUUAUAAAUGUUAGUAGCAAAUUUAUUCGACAAUCGCAACACGUUUAUGCAAUGCGAGACAUUUCUGUUACUGCCAUUUUUGUUUAAUUUAUAUAAGAUUUUACAAAAGCAUUUAUUCAUACAAUUGUAUUAAAUUCUUUUAUUUUAAUUUUUAAUGGAUAUAAAAUGAGUGGUUGCUACAAAAAAGCAGCUAUUAGAUAAUUUUUUACUGAAUGCCUCCUAAUAAUCCAUUAACUUCCACCAUGUUGGCUAAGCUGCUUUUUCCCAGCAUGUUAAAAUGCAUAAAGUAGAUGUCGCAAAGUAUAGAUAAACGCAACAAAUAAAAGAGCACUCAGUGAAAUCUUCGAACUAUUAGUAAAGGAAUGCUGAAAAUUUAUGUACAGUUCAUUAUAUUUCAUUGUAAAAAUUCUUGUAUAUUUGCAUGUAUAGUAUAAUAUUUAUUAUUGUACUUCGUAACCGUAAAUAUAUCUUGCAGUUUUAGAAUUCAUGUAGAUUUUAUGUAACAUACAAUUGCAUUUGCAAUAGAUAUACUAACAAAUAAUAUUCUAAAAGAAAGAGUAAUUAGAAAUUGCAUAAAUGCAAAAGUUGCAGCUAAUUGUUGCAUAAACCAGUUCAGUGUUAUAUACCAAAGUUAUAAAAGAAAUAUGUAAUAUAUAAUUAAAAAAUUAUCCACACAUUUAUUAAAUUGUAUAUACACAUACACACACGCAUACAUGUACAUCAAGCUUAAAUUUCAAUAAAAUAGAUCUUACAGUAAUAUUAAUUAAUAUGAAUUAUUUCAUUAAUAAAUUACAUGAUUAUGAUCAUCAUAGUUGUGAUGCAUGUGUGUAUUGUAUUAAAAAUUAACUUUAUUAAAUGUAGAAUAAACUCGCACAAAAGCAACAUUUAUCCAUAGAAAUAUAUCUAUAUUUACAUUGAAGUACAAUAAAUUCGAUUUUUUUCUAAUAUCUAUUGUAAAUAUGUUUAUUCUUUUAUAUAUAUUUUAUUUAUACGUUUCAGAUAUAAUUAGAAUAAAACUUUUUUUCAUUUGAGUCAAAAUACUGUCAUUGGAUUAUAUAAGUCAAAUUAUACAUAUAAGUAACAACUAUUUUAUAAUUGUCUUAAUAUAAAUAUUACAUGGUAAGUCAAUGCCACACAUGUAUUAUCAACCUUGAUUAGCAUGAGUCACGGUCUUUUUUUUUUUCACUACGAAAUUGCAUUGUAAAAAAAGGAAUUAACCAUAAAUGAUCGUUCAAGGUUUCCAAUACAGCAAGAGAGAAAAAAAGGAUAACUUAAACCAGUCGACAUAGUAUUAAAAUUUAUGUUUAUUUUAAUUUUCUCUCUUGUCUCAAAAUUAAUAAAUCUAAUUUCAAGUCCGAAGGAAAUAUUUGCAUAGCAUCUGUAUUUAAUGGAUAAACGACUCCCAAUACACGCUUCCCUCCAAUGCAAAUUAUCCAUGUUAUGGAUACUUAACAUACAAUCAUAUAUGAUGUAUAUAUACGCGCACGCGGGUGUGUGUGUGUGUGUGGAGGGAGGGGGGAGGUAGGUAUGUAAAGAGAAACGAGUAUGGGGUGAAGAGUAGGAAAGAGAGGACUCUAAUGGACUCUAAAUCGAAGUGGAUCUGCGGUACCUCCGCAGCAGCUCCGUGCGCUUUCGCUACCACCACACUACGCUGACGAGCCGCUGUGUAUAUGCCUAGCUCUUUGUUUAUCCUUCGUAUGACGUAUGAACGUCGCGCCAGCGAACAACGAGUAGAAGGGCUGAUGCAGCGAUGCACUAUGCAGCCGACCAAACGGCUAGCAAUACAAGAACGGCAGCAGUCAGUGCUGAGUGCGCUGACCCGCGGGACGGUCUUGACGAUGGUCGUUGACCGCGGUUGAACGCGAUUCAUUGUUUACAUCGGCGCAUUCUAAGGAACGACGGCAUCGUCUCCUCGCACUGUGUCCUGGCCGUUGGCGAGUCGUCGUCACUGUUACUCUAGCUGUGAUUAAGGACGCGAGCGCAGGCAAACAUGUCGAAAAUAGCGGGAAGCUCUCCCGCGAGAGCCGCAAACAAAGGUGAGCAGCAACAACAGCAGGAAUUCCUAGUGGGUCUGGAUAAAGACGCCAGCGAACACAGCAUCUCGAGCAUGAUGUCGUGCGUGUCCAUCUCGCCGAAGCACGCAGAGAGUAGCCUUCGCGUUAUGGAGAGCUAUCUGCACAAGCAACAGCUGACAGACGUCACGCUGAUCGCGGGAAAUAAACGCGUUCCAGCUCACCGAUUAGUACUCAGUGCUGGUUCUGAAUAUUUUGCUGCCAUGUUCACAAGUUCUCUGCGAGAAUCAGCACAAAAUGAAAUAGAAUUAAUGGAUGUUGAUGGGGAUGCAUUAUGGGCUUUGGUUCUUUAUUGUUACACAGGUUGUAUAGAAUUACAGGAAGAUAGUGUAGAGACUCUACUUGCAACAGCGUGUCUAUUACAAUUAAAUCCAGUGAUUAAAGCAUGCUGCCAGUUUCUUGUCAAACAACUCCAUCCAAGCAACUGCCUGGGCAUACGGACCUUCGCUGAUACACAAGGCUGCUCGGAAUUAUUUGAACACGCACAUGCAUAUACCACUAAACAUUUCAUGGAAGUUACGAAAAAUCAAGAGUUUUUACUGUUGUCUGCUAACGAGGUUGCGAAAUUAUUUGAAUCCGAGGAUCUUAAUGUCCCUUCAGAGGAAACUAUCUUUCAUGCUUUAGUGACUUGGCUAGAACAUGAUCCAGAAAACAGAAGUAAAGAUGCUAGUAGAUUAUUAGGUUUAGUCAAAUUACCAUUGCUAUCACCCGCGUUUAUAGCUGACAAUAUUGAGAGUAAUGAAAUAUUCAAAGACCAAAGAAUGGCACAAGAAUUAGUAAUGGAAGCAUUGAAGUAUCAUUUGCUUCCUGAGCGAAGACCCUUGCUUCAAACGGGCAGAACAAAACCUAGAAAAGCCACUGUGGGAACUCUUUUAGUUGUUGGAGGAAUGGACGCCAAUAAAGGUGCGACGUCUAUAGAUGCAUUUUCAUUACGCGAUAACGCCUGGAAACCUUUAGCUGCUAUGAGCAGCAGAAGAUUACAAUUUGGCGCAGUAGUAGUUGAUAAGAAAUUAAUUGUUGCGGGCGGUAGGGACGGUUUAAAAACACUUAACACGGUGGAAUGCUUCGAUUUUUCCACCCUUACUUGGAGCACUUUACCACCUAUGAACGUGCACCGUCACGGAUUAGGAGUAGCAGUCCUAGGUGGACCUUUAUAUGCCGUUGGUGGUCACGAUGGUUGGAGUUUUCUCGAUGCAGUAGAGAGGUGGGAUCCGGCAACGCGCCAGUGGAGUUCAAUAUGCCCUAUGUCCAUACAAAGAUCUACAGUUGGUGUGGCUGUGUUAAAUGAUAAAUUGUAUGCUGUAGGAGGAAGAGAUAUCAGUUCCUGUUUAAAUACUGUAGAAUGUUACGACCCGCAUACAAACAAGUGGACACCGUGUGCACCUAUGUCGAAGAGACGAGGCGGUGUAGGCGUCGGAGUGGUAAAUGGUUGUCUUUAUGCACUCGGAGGUCACGAUGCUCCAGCUAGUAAUCCCAAUGCUAGCAGAUUCGACUGCGUAGAAAGGUAUGAUCCUAAAACCGAUACAUGGACUAUGGUUGCGCCAAUGAGUGUUCCCCGAGAUGCGGUCGGUGUUUGUGUGUUAGGUGAUCGGCUUAUGGCCGUAGGAGGAUACGACGGUCAACAAUAUCUCACAUUAGUAGAAGCCUAUGAUCCACACCUCAACGAAUGGGAACCUGUUGCUCCUCUUAAGGCUGGCCGUGCAGGUCCUUGCGUUGUGGUAAAAAAUUUAAUAAAUAACAUGUAAAUUAUUUUUACUAAAAGAACAAUAAUUGGACUUGCGAUUGUGCAACUUAUAUUUAUAAUCAUAUAUAAGUUAAGUUUCAGAAAUAUAACAGAAUCUGCUCUCUUGUGAUAUUGCAUGCAUGUUAAAUUAAUCAUACUGUUAUUUUUCUGAAACUGUUUUAGAUAAAAAAAUUUUAGAUAAUUUUAUAUUUAAAUAAGUAUUAUAUUUCUUUUUAGCAUAAGGAAUUUUUAUAGGAUUUUUACAAGUUUUCGUACUGUAUUGAUAAAUUCCAGUCAUUGUAACCACCAAAUAUUAUAUUUAGCACUUAUUUGUACAUAAUACUUCAACUAUAAAUUUUUAGUGUCAAAAAUAAUUUUACUGUUGACAAUAUGUAAUAAUUCGUAUCUACUUGUAUUAACUUAUAAUAUAUAAAAACAAAUUUUCAAUAUAUAUAAACAUGUUUUUUCUCAUAAAAAUAACAUUAUUUUUCAUAAAUAUCUAACUUUUUGUGUAAUAAAUCAUUAAUAAAUUGUGAAUCAAUUUUUGCUAGGAAUAAGUGCUUUAAACCAAAUGUACUGUAGACUGGAUAAAAUAAAUGUUAUAAACAUAUAUAUUUCAAGUAAUUAUGAUGUCUAUGUGUAUCAAAUUAUAUUGACAACUUUGUAAAAAUCAACGUUUUUAAUAAACUUAAACUUCAAUAAGAAAAAAGAAUUAACAUACAUAAAAAACAUUUAUUUUUCUCAUCAAGAUAAAUAUUUUAUUUAUACAUGUAUAUGUUUCCAUAUUUGGUGGUUAUAAUCUCUUGAAAUAAAUAAAGUUAAUAUAUUAACUAAA